AUGGCUCGAGGGAACAGUGUACUGGGCUUGGAGAUUGGGGGGGGGAGCACUGAUUGCUCCCCAUGUGAGCCUUGCUUAUUGGGAAAGUCGGCUCGGAAGCCGUUUCCCCAUGAGGCGUCUCGGGCACUUGGGCCUUUGGAUGAGGUCCACAUGGAUUUGUGGGGGCCAGUGCGCACACCGUCACUGGGAGGAGCGGUGUAUGUCCUCAGUCUCAUUGACGACUUCACCAGACGAGUUUGGUCAUUCCCCCUCCCCAACAAGGAAUCGACCACAGUUGCAAAAGUCCUUCGCCAGUGGCAUAAGGACGUGGAGUUGGAGUGUGGGCGGAAGCUGAAGGCUGUUCGCUCGGACAGGGGUGGCGAGUUCUUGGGGGAAGCUGUAAAGGCAUGGAAGGUGGAGUUUGGCAUUAAAACUCAAUUGAGCGUCGCAGAUAUACCGCAGCAGAAUGGUGUUGUGGAGAGGUGGCACAGGACGAUGGCAGAGGGGAUUCGCACAUUGUUGGUCGACAGUGGUCUCCCUGCUCGCUUGUGGGGUGAAGCAUUGAUGUGGGUCGUGUGGGUUAAGAACAGGGUCAGCCACAGUGCUUUGCCUGCUUCCAUCACACCAAUGGAGGCGUGGUCCGGCCAGAAGCCGCAUGUGGGCAUGGCUCGGAUUUGGGGUUGCAUGGGGAGUGUCAUGCUGCAUGGGCAUGAGAAGGGUGGCAAGCUUGAUGCACGGGCUGUCAUGUGUGUCUGUGUUGGGGUGGACAUGGAGAGCAAGGGUUGGCGCAUGCUGGACCCUUCUCUCAUGCGCAUUCGAAUUGCUCGGGAUGUUGAUUUUCUUGAGAAUGUGAUGUGGAAGGAUUGGGACAAGGCAAAGGGAUAUGGGGAGCUUCUGCAGGAUGCCGCUGAGAUUUCCCAACUCCUCCCUCUUCCACUCUCGUCACCCUCAGCACCGGUUGACGACGCUGAGAUGCCACCUUCAUCACUGCCACCGGCCCCGCUGAGUGUGUCGGUGCAGCAGCAGCCCACCCCUCUGCAGCAGCUCAGUGGCCCCUCGGUCAUUCAGCAGAGAUCCGCUACACAGGCUACUUCCUCUUCCUCCUCCUUUGGUCAGCGCUCUGCCCCUCUCUCUAUGGGUGCCCCUACGUCACCAGCGACUACCUCCCCACCACCGGUUACGGGUUUGCAGGUGCUUGGUAUCCAGUCUGGUAUAGGUGGUGAGGAGGUAGGGGGGGAUGCUGGUGUGGUUGAGGGCAUGCUGUGUUUGGCCAGGGAGGUGGAGGGUGUUGCACUAGCAGGCAGGCGCUGA